AUGAACAAGAAGCAGAUCCUGGCCAUCUUAUUGUACGAAUUCAAGAAAGGAAGGACUGAAGCCGAAACUGCUUUCAAUAUCAACAAUGUGUUUGGAGCUGACACUGUGACGGAAGAAGUGGCAAAGACGUGGUUCGACAAGUUCAGAGAUGGCGAUGAAACGUUGGACGGGUUUAAUGUUGUGAAGCAGAAAGAGAAAACUGGAGUCACGGUCGAAGUGUACGAAUCGCCUUUGGAUUUAGAGAAAGCAUUAGCCAACAUCAGCCAACAGCAGCAGUCGUCUUGA